AUCGCCCUCCUUCCUCCCCAAGAGCCGGCAGGCACAGGCACGCCGAGAGAGACACAGAUCGAGCCAUGGAGAUGCCACCGCAGCAAGCCGCCGCCGCCGCCGCCAACGCCAACGCCAACGCCAACGGCGCCGCCCACGGGCAGGACGAGGGCGGGUCGUCGUCGCCGCCGCUGUCCCCGGCGUCCGCCGCGCUGGCGAACGCGCGGUGGAACCCGACCAAGGAGCAGGUGGCGGUGCUGGAGGGGCUGUACGAGCACGGCCUGCGCAACCCGAGCGCGGAGCAGAUACAGCAGAUCACGGGCAGGCUGCGGGAGCACGGCGCCAUCGAGGGCAAGAACGUCUUCUACUGGUUCCAGAACCACAAGGCACGGCAGCGCCAUCGCCAGAAGCAGGACAGCUUCGCCUACUUCACCACGCUCCUCCGCCGGCCCCCGCCGCUGCCCGUGCUCCCCAUGCAGCCCGCGCCGCCGUACCUUCACGGCCGCGUCCCGUCCCCGUCCCCGUCUCCGGCGCCGGCGCCGACCGCGAUCGCGAUGCCGCCGCCACCGCCACCGCCGUCGCCCGCUGCAUGCAACAACAACAACAACAACAACAACAACGGCGGCGCGCGUGUGAUGUACAGGAAUGCAUUCUACAUGCCUGCGCCGCAGGCGCCCCCUGCAAAUGCUGCCUACUACUACCCGCCACCGCAGCAGCAGGUGACAGUCAUGUACCAGUACCCGAGAAUGGAGCUCGGCCAGGACAAGAUGAUGAUGACCACAGCCGCGGCGCAGCAGUACCCGGCCGUCAUGUUCCAGCAGGCCGGCGCCGCAGCUACCAAUGGCGCCGGACCAGCGGAACGCGUCGGCCCCAGGCGCGAGACGCUCGAGCUGUUCCCGCUCAAGCCCACCUUCGUGCUGCGGCGCGACAAGGGGCGCGCUGGCGGUGGCAGCGCCUCCGCCCUGACGUCGGCGUCGACGGCGACGGCAUCCGCUUCCGCCUCCGAGGAGUCGGAGGGCCUGGAGAGCGGCAACUGCAACGGCGAGGAGCAGGAGGCGCCCGCGCUGCCGUUCUAUGACUUCUUCGGUCUCCAGUCCGGCGGCCGCUGAUGAGAUCGAUCAGGCGGAGCGAGCGAGUGAGGAAAGCUGAACGCGCCAGACGUUCAUGCGAUCUCACUUGAGUCGAUGGACCCGUUGGCGGUUGCCUUUUGCUGAGUCAUUGGUGUGCUUCAUCAACUCGAAGCCUAUGCCGAACCAAUGCAAAACUGUUUACAUUGUUAAGUUUUCGCACCGAUCUGUAGCAACAAUGUAGUGGUUCUUUAAAAUGCUACUAGUAGGUGCCUUUUCAUUCCAUCCUUGUUGAUCAUUUUUCUUCGCAUGUUCGGUUCUACUCAUGGAUGAUUGUUAGUAAUAGCCAGAGUAAUUAAGUUGCUAUCGA